UCUUCUCUGUUACUGAAUGAAUGAAUACUCCAAAACUAAACCCUGAAACAAGAGAGAAACACAAGUGAGCACCAAUGGAGUCGAAACAAAAAGAAGCAAUCUUUCGUCUGUUUGAUGAAAAACCCUCUUCUGGAUUAGGGUUUCUUGACUUCCCUGAUGAUAAACCCCUCCCGCCCCCGCCGCCCCCGCCUUGCUAUGAAGUUCUCUCCUCAGAGGUUUCGCCAAAUGCGCAGUAUACCGUGGAGCCUGUGAACGUCGGUGGGCUCACACUAUUCAAGGGGAGGGUCAGCACCGAGGAGGUAUUUUCACUAGCCAAUUCCGAUUUAGUACCCGGCAAAUACGAAGGAGGAUUGAAAUUAUGGGAGGGGUCGUUCGAUCUUAUUGCAGCACUUAGCUCUGAGAUGCAAGACGGGAAAUUGUCGUUCACCGGAAAACGAGUUCUAGAGCUCGGAUGUGGUCAUGGACUUCCUGGUAUAUUCGCUUGCCUAAAGGGUGCAGCAGCUGUACAUUUCCAGGAUUUCAAUGCGGAAGUCCUUCAAUGCCUCACUAUUCCCAACGUUACUGCUAAUAUCGAAAAGAAUACCGAGCAUUUGGCGGCCCCACAUGCGGAAGUGGGCCCCACUAAAACCGAGACUCGAUUCUUCUCCGGUGACUGGGGCGAAGUACAUCAGCUUCUCUCUCCCGCAUCUACCAGUGAAGAAGAUGAAGCCAAAUGUUGUGGUUAUGAUGUCAUACUUAUGGCGGAGACAGUUUACUCGAUUUCUACACUGCCAAAUCUCUACAAACUUAUUAAGAAGUGCAUUAGUAUUCCCAAUGGAGUUGUGUACAUGGCAGCAAAGAAGCACUAUUUUGGGGUCGGAGGUGGAUCUAGGCGUUUUCUCUCUCUUGUCGAAAAAGACGGCACUAUGGCCUCUUCGCUGGUUGCGGAGGUUACAGACGGUUCGUCCAAUGUUCGAGAGGUAUGGAAGCUUCAUAUCAAAUAAAUAAGUUUUAAUAUAUUAUGCCUUUGAUAUAAUUCAUUAUUACGAUCAAGUUUGUUAAAGGAUUUUUUUUUUAUAUUCGUGCAAAAAUAUUCUCGAAAUUUUAUCAACUC